CAUGUUUUAUCUUUACUUGCUAAUAGAUAGAUAAGUACGUUACGAGUUUUUAGAUUGUUUGCUUCACAGUUUAGUUCUCUUGUUAUGGAGUCACUUUCAUCUUCAGGAGAAGAUGACAACUUGAAUGGACCUAGUACUGAGGCAGUGGCAUUAGAAGAAAUCAAAAGAUGGCUGCGGGAAGAAAAACAAAACCUGCAUGCACGUUUGGAAGACAAAUAUUUAUUGACUUUCUUGCGAGGGUGCCACUUUGACUUGGAAAAGACUAAAACCAAAAUGAUCAACUAUUACACUAUGAAAAAGGACGAAGUAGUUUGGUACCGAAAACGGGAUCCCAGUUUGGAUGAAAUACAGGAACUAGUGAAGUUGGGGGUGUUCGUACCUCUGAGAGAGUUGUAUCAAAAUCAUUUGGUGGUCAUCAUACGAACUGGUGCUCACGAUCCAAAAAAGCAUACGCAAGACAAUGUAUUCAGAACCGGCCAGAUGUUGACUGAUAUCAUUACUUUUUUGGAAUAUGACUGCAGCACGAUCGAUGGUAUUAUAGCGAUAUUCGACAUGAAAGGUGUAACAGUUUGGCAUGCCAAGCCGCUGACACCCAGUGUUGUCAAGAGAUCGGUGUUCGGGUGGACAAAUUAUCUUCUGCCUCCGGAUCAGUUUGAAUUCGUGAACGCUCCGUUUUAUUUGAAUGUGAUGAUAAAUCUUUUCAAGAGUUGCAUGUCCGAAGAGAUGAAGAGAAAAGUGAGAGUGCACAAAGGUCUGGAGAGUUUUCAUAAAGUUUUCGAUAAGACAAUCUUACCUGUGGAAUAUGGCGGCAAUGGAGAGAGCUUGAGUAGUUUGAUUCUAUAUUGGAACGAAAAGUUGUUGAGUUAUCGUAAUUGGCUUCUAGAAGACGAAAAAUACAGAGCUGAAUGAGGGUGAUAUAACUUUUAUGUGUUUAUCAAAAUAGUGUUUACUUCGAAAUUAUUGUUUGAAAAACUUUUUUUGGUUUUACACCGAGUUUUCAUGUAAGUGAGGUGCUUCUGAAAAUGAUUGGCAUACUAAUACAAAAAAUUGCAAAAUACGAAAUUCAACAAUAAAAAGAUUUUUCUCCAGAACUUCAUUUCAUGCAUAUUCAUAACAUAUUGAUGGUCAGUAACAAAACUAGAUUUAUAUAUUGGGAAUGGUCUAACUCUAUUAUAUUUAUUAUUUCAACGAAAAAAGGGUUUAUAUUCUCGACUUUUGAAAUUAUCAAACUUCUGGAAAUCUUCAAAGGACCAAGAUACUGUUUUUUCAAUUGAAUGAUAGUUAUUUUUCUGGAGGAGUAAGAUAUUUUUGUGGCCUAUUUUGAGUUUGAAACAAUUGUAAAAUUUCUAUUUUGGAUAGAAAUACAUUGUAAAAGUAUUACAUAUUAUUCAUAUUGAGAUGGAGAGAAGCAAAUGUAGAACAGUUGCUCAGGAUAAUUCAUUUAUUUCAAUAUGAAAAGUAUUAUAUUGUAUUUUUCACUAUAAAACAGUAUUCUCUUCUGAUUUUUUAUAAGAUUCGUGUUUGUAUCAAACAAUAGUUUCAUUCAAUGAUUUUUAUAUCUUUUUAUUUCAUUAUCAUUAUUUGCUAACACAAUUUCAUUGAAUUAUUUGUAAACAUUUCUUUCAAAAAAAUAUUUGAGAAGUUUUAGGAAAUAUAUUAUAAAUUUGGUUCCAACCAUAUUUGGAGUAAUAUGACGACACACCUGUUUUUAGUUUGUGAUUCAUAUAAUAGACAACUGAAACUCAAAAUAAAUCGAAUAAAUUCUAAAGUGCGGCUUGGUCUAUUUUUCCUGGAGACACACGUUUCGUCACGAAAAAGAAUGCUGCCACGAAGAAGCUUCCUGCUUUCCUACACAAUAGGUGCGUUUUCUUGAUACUUAUUCCAGUUCGAAUUAUUUUCUCCAAACGUUUUUUACUAUCUGCUUUUGCAAUGAGCAGCGCCUUAUUCAGAUUGAAGACGAGCCAACAAUAGUAUUCCUGAUCGAGAUCUAUGCUCGACAAUCAAUCCCGAACUAUUUACUCAAUCACUGUGAAGUCUGCUUUGGAGUAGUCUGACCAGAAAAUUAUCUCAGUUUUCAGUGAAUCACUAAUAAGUAUUGGAGAACAAUCCAAAUCCAAGUUGACUACUAAAGGUAUGCUAAAUGGAAAGAUUUUCAAAUCCGAUUACCUGCCAACCUGUGUUUCUCAAGUAACUGAAGGUUUGGGUGCAGAUAUUCCUUUUCUCAAUGAAUCGUUCCUCUAAUGACAAACCAUGGUCCAACAAAAAGCACGGUUUUAAAAUUUCACUUAUCGACAUUGGCACAAAAAUCGCUGUGUAUAAAAUGGUACAAAAGCAAAUUGAAAAUAAUCGAAAUAAAGAACUGCACAGUCAAAGAACGAACUUUAUGUCAGUCCAAACGGUUUAAGAUUUCUCUCAGUGGCUUGUAAUAUCUCCACUUUUUCCAUUCGAAAGACAAUUUAAACACAAAUAAACCGCUUUCUAUCAUUUUUGUAGUGUAUAUUGUAACAUACCAAUUGUAAUGUACAUGAAUUCUAAUGUGCGGCAGUUGCCCCCGGCGCUGCCAUGAUAUCAGCAGUGUGCGCAUGUCUUCCCAUCACGACCCGAAUAGUGAAAAAAAGCAGACUUCUUGCUUGUAUUUUACGAUACACAUUUUUCGCAGUAAUAUAACGGAUACAUAGCA